AUGGAGCCAGUUACCCAUGAGUUUAACCUUGGCAGUUCCGAGCGUUCGUUGCUCGCCGCCGCUGUGUUGUUCGGCAACUUGUUUGGCAGCCCGAUCGGUGGCAUGCUGUCUGACCGAAUUGGUCGCAAAUCAACGUUAAUGAUUACUUGGAUGGCUUUGAUUGUGACGAUGCUCAGCGAAGCGGCUUCAACGUACUAUUAUCUGCUGUUUACCUGCCGAAUGCUUAUCGCGCCGUUGAUCUUCAUUUACCCUGGCAAAAUCUUUCCCUCAAGCGUGAAGGGAACUAUGAGAUGGAAAGUUCAGUAA